UGUGAGACCUCUGGCCCUUGUUCCCUUUGGCGUGGCACUUCCCCGUUCCUUGUCCUAGGUUCUGCCCCAAAGGCUUCCUCCCUCCUUUUACUUUGUAGGCCUGCGCAGGUCGAGAGAGCAUUGGCGGUCGUCGAGCCAGAUCACCACAAACAAAACCUCUACCUGAGAAAAUGUUGAAAUAGGAGUUGCGGAUACCUUGGAUUUGUUGGAUGAAAUACAAGAAACUAAUUUUUGUAACGUGGGAAAAAAGCCUAAAUUGUCAGAUUACAUGUGUAAAUCACUGCGUUACUGCUUUAGUCAUUGUCUUUAUUUAGCAAUGACAAGACUGGAAGAAGUAAAUAGAGAAGUGAACAUGCAUUCCUCAGUGAGAUAUCUUGGCUAUUUAGCCAGAAUCAACUUACUAGUGGCUAUAUGUUUAGGUCUUUAUGUAAGAUGGGAAAAAACAGCAAAUUCCUUAAUUUUGGUAAUUUUUAUUCUUGGUCUUUUUGUUCUUGGAAUUGCCAGCAUACUCUACUAUUAUUUUUCAAUGGAAGCAGCAAGUUUAAGUCUCUCCAAUCUUUGGUUUGGGUUCUUGCUUGGUCUUCUAUGUUUUCUUGAUAAUUCAUCCUUUAAAAAUGAUGUGAAAGAAGAAUCAACCAAAUAUUUGCUUCUAACUUCCAUAGUAUUAAGGAUAUUAUGUGCUUUGGUGGAGAGAAUUUCUGGUUAUGUCCGUCAUCGACCCACCUUGCUAACCACAGUAGAAUUUCUGGAACUUGUUGGAUUUGCCAUUGCCAGCACAACUAUGUUGGUAGAGAAGUCUCUGAGUGUCAUUUUACUUGUUGUAGCUUUGGCCAUGCUGAUUACAGACCUGAGAAUGAAGUCUUUCCUAGCUAUUCCAAACUUAGUUAUUUUUGCAGUAUUGUUAUUUUUUUCCUCAUUGGAAACUCCCCAAAAUCCAAUUGCUUUUGCAUGUUUUUUUAUUUGCCUGAUAACUGAUCCUUUCCUCGACAUUUAUUUUAGUGGACUUUCAGUAACUGAAAGGUGGAAACCCUUUUUGUACCGGGGAAGAAUUUGCAGAAGACUUUCAGUUGUUUUCACUGGAAUGAUUGAGCUGACAUUUUUUAUUCUUUCAGCAUUUAAACUUAGAGACACCCAUCUCUGGUAUUUUGUAAUACCAGGCUUUUCCAUUUUUGGAAUUUUCUGGAUGAUUUGCCAUAUUAUUUUUCUCUUAACUCUUUGGGGAUUCCAUACCAAAUUAAAUGACUGCCAUAAAGUAUAUUUUACCCACAGGACAGAUAACAAUAGUCUUGAUAGAAUCAUGGCAUCCAAAGGGAUGCGUCAUUUUUGCUUAAUUUCAGAGCAGUUAGUUUUUUUCAGUCUUCUUGCAACAGCGAUUUUGGGAGCAGUUUCCUGGCAGGUAAGUUUAUGUGUUUUAAUUAUGUCCAAUGUCUAUGAUAUGUUUAGUCCUGAUGGUCAGCCCACAUUGCUUCCACCAGAACAUGUACAAGAAUUAAAUUUGAGGUCUACUGGUAUGCUCAACGCUAUCCAAAGAUUUUUUGCAUAUCAUAUGAUUGAAACUUAUGGAUGUGACUAUUCCACAAGUGGACUGUCUUUUGAUACUCUACAUUCCAAACUGAAAGCUUUCCUUGAACUUCGGACUGUGGAUGGACCUAGACAUGAUACUUAUGUUUUGUAUUAUAGUGGGCACACCCAUGGGUCCGGAGAAUGGGCUCUAGCAGGUGGAGAUAUACUACGCCUUGACACACUUUUAGAAUGGUGGAGAGAAAAGAAUGGUUCCUUCUGUUCCCGGCUUAUUAUCAUAUUAGACUGUGAGAAUUCAACCCCUUGGGUGAAAGAAGUGAGAAAGAUUAAUGACCAGUAUAUUGCUGUUCAAGGAGCAGAGAUGGCAAAGACAGUAGAUAUUGAAGAAGCUGACCCACCACAGCUUGGUGAUUUUACAAAGGACUGGGUAGAAUAUAACUGCAACUCCAACAAUAACAUCUGCUGGACUGAAAAGGGACGCACAGUGAAAGCAGUGUAUGGUGUGUCGAAGCGGUGGAGUGACUACACUUUGCACUUGCCAACGGGAAGCGAUGUGGCCAAGCACUGGAUGCUACACUUUCCUCGUAUUACAUAUCCAUUAGUGCAUUUGGCAAAUUGGUUAUGUGGUCUGAACCUUUUUUGGAUCUGCAAAACUUGUUUCAGAUGCUUGAAAAGAUUAAAAAUGAGUUGGUUUCUUCCUACUGUGCUGGACACAGGACAAGGCUUUAAACUUGUCAAAUCUUAAUUUGGACUCAAGAAUGGGAUUAUUGAGAGUUCAUAUUACCAACUAUCACUAACUUGCCAUUUUUGUAUACUGUAUUUUUAUUUGUGGAAAAUAUUUUGCUACUUCUGUAGCUGCUCUCACUUUGUCUUUUCUCGAGUAAUUAUGGGAUAUGUAAGGUGUCAGGAAUAAGCAUUAUUUUAUACUAAAAGUAUGUAGGGAGUCAUAAAUGCUGACUCUGGAAAAGAUGUUAAAAAUAACAUUGCACUUUCAGGAAUGUUUGCAUUUGCCUCUGACUAGAAAGAAAACAGUUGUCUAUGCUCUGCAAUGGCCAUUGAAGAAUUACUAAUGCCUUAUUUUCUAGGCAAACACUAGCGAAUGUACACCAAACAAAUUUGUUUACUAUUUUAAGAAAACUAUCAAUUGACUAACAGAUUGUUUUUUGAAAACAGUAUAUUUGAAUCUGUGAACAUUUGAAGAAAUAUAACUUCUUAUAAAAAGAGGCCUGCCCAAAAUAAAUGUAAAAUUUGCUUAUAUUUGAUCACAUUCAGAUGUCUUGGUUGUGACCUAUUACCAGUAAAGUGGAGAGACUCGAAUUGCUUUUUAGAUCAAAAUAGUCUUUAGGUAGGUAACCAUAAGAGAUGAGAGCCUUCAUGCAUUGGUGAGGGUAUCUGAAAACGUUGGUAUUUAAAAAGUCUUUCUCAGGGUAACUUAAUGUUUUCUAAAUGAACAGUGUUUCGAGCUACAAAUUCCUUCUAAAUAAAGUAUCUUUCUUUUCAAAAAGUACUCAUAUGAAAGAAAUUUUAGCAAUUUAUCAUUAACUGAUUAAGUCAAUUUUAAGUACUCAGAAAAGAUUUUGAUCUCUAUGGAGUUAAUGCUGUGCCAUGAUAAUUUUUUAAGUCCUCAUUUGUGAUAACAUUUCCCACAUCCCUCUACUGAAGGUCAAAGAUAGGAAAAAGGUCAUUUUUUCUUGUAUCCAUGUAUUGUAUAAUGUAAAAAAGUAUUCAUCUUGGCAAUUUUAGUUACAUAUAAUGGUGUCGUCAUAAUUUUUAAAACAUAAUUCACUGUUUUGUCUGAAUAAAGCAGACGCUGAUCACAGUGUCUACUAGUAAUUCACUUCUUAUUCCCUUCCAAUUAUCCUUACAUUCUAAAUUUUUACAUUUGAGAAGUAACAGGAGGGGAAUAAAAUUAAAUUGGGAGAUAAUCUAAUCUUUGUUCUUUAAAUGGUGUGAUUCAAACCUUUGAAGGCAUUUUUCUAGCCUUAAAGAAGAAAUAAUGCCUCUACCAUUUUCUUUUGGUGACUUGAAAAUUGAAGUUUUAGUUAGGAAGAAGUCAAUUAGCAUCAGGGAAUUUGUAUACCACUAUCUAUGCAGCAUUGUUAUAGUCUGAUAAUUUCUAUGUUUUGAAUUUGAUUUUCCUAAUGCUUUAAACAAAAUUUUGUUAAAAAUAAUUUUUCAUUUAAUGUGCAAUUAACAGUUAAUGAAUAUUUCAUUAUAUUAAAAGUGGAAGUUAUAAAAGAUACCCAUGUUUUAGAGUUCAUGUUUGUGGCAGGUUGAUUGGAAGAUUUCCACAAUUUGGUUAAUUAUUUAUAUUAACAUCAUUGAAAUGAAAUAGUAGAGUGUUUCAUUAUUGUUCUAUUCAGAAAUAAUGUAGAAAAAUCCAUUUUAAAAUUAUUAGCUUACAGUAUCAAAAAGCAGUUAAGUAAAAUCUCCUUUUAAAUUUCUUAGCCAACUGAGCAAAUUACUUUAAACCAUAUCUCUUUGCCCUGAGAAAGCCAAAUACAAAAGUAUAUUCUGCAUUCUUUAUAAAGUAUUAAUAAGACAAGACUUAAAAAUACAUUCAAAAGAUUUUACAGCCAUCAAGCUGACUUUAUAUAUUUUCUAUGAACAACUGAAAAACGUCUUCAGGCUAAAAAAUGUGACAAAGUCCAAGUUAUUUACUUUUUAGUUCCUUAAAAGUAAAGGAACUUACUUUAAUGAAUUUUCCUGCCUAAACAAACAAAAACUAUAAAUGACUCUUUGGAAUGGUAUCUUAAAUUGAAGCUGCCAACUUUAAAACAUUAUUUAGUUUAACAGUGUAAAAAAUAAAUAGCAUAAAAAGAAUAAAUUGGUUAACUUGAUCUGAAAAUUAAAAAUAGUUCAACAAUUAAUAAGACUAAUUUGCCAAUUUUAUAUGUCAUAAAGAAGUUAUUUGGAGUAAAAGGAAUUAUUUUAGGGCAAACCUUUACCUUUCUGUAAAAAGAGACAUAAUUUGUUUCCUUAUAUAAUUCCUUGCUAAAAUCAUAGAAGUACUAUUUUCUGAAGAGAUCUUUUUAAAGUAUAAACCAUUAUAUGAUACAUUAAGAGCCGCAUUCUUUUUCUCCCUAUGACUUUUCAUUGCUGUAAUUAAUUCAUUGAAAUGUUUUAGUUUGCUUUGGUCUAAACCUUUCCUUCUUAGGAAAAUUAGAUUUAUCUUUCCAUAUAAUUCUACCUUGCUGUACUUAAUAAAUUCCAAAUUCUGUGGAAAAGAACUGUUUUAGAAGACUUAAAUAAUCAGCAUUUUCAUAAAUUCUAUGCUUUAAAAACUUACAUUCUAAUUCAAAUACUUUUAUAUUUAAUGCAUUAGUAGACAAAUUUAUCAGUCAAAUCUUCAUUAGAAUAUAACUAUAUUGUAUUUAUAAUUUUGGUUUACAUAUAUUUGUUAUUUUGGGUACUGCUUUUUUAAUAUGUAUUCUAUUAAAGUUAGAGGUUAGUCUUGAAGAAAAUAUUACCUUUCCAGAUAUUAUGUGGUAGUUAAUAUUGUGUGUACCAGAAGAAAAUGGUUUAAAGAAUGUGAUUAUAGAUAUACUUGAGAGAAAAUGUUCAAAGGAGUUAGAUGUGUCAGUACUUUUGAUGUCUCUAUUGGACUAUUAGACUGUCAUCUUUUUUAAUUAGGGGCCUACAUAUCUUGGUAUUUUUUGUACACAAUUAUCCAGAAAAGUGCCUUGCCCAUAGUAGGCAUUUAAUAAAAACUUUUUUAGUAAAUGAA